CAAAGAGUGCAAUAUAUUGGGAAUACGGCAACAUACAUCGACAUUUAAGCAUAUAUAGACUUUGAGAACAUUAUAUAAUGUGCACUCAAAACAAACGAAAAAAUAAGCAAGAGAGGCAACACUUCGAAAGUACAAAUAUCGAAUCCUGAAUACUAAGCAACUUUACCCAAAAACAUAGUAGGUUUUCAGACCAGUGUUGGACAAUUUGGAACCGAAGCUGCUAAAUUGAAGUACUCCAGAGGAAAAGAAAAAAAAAAAGAAAAAAUUAAAAACGAAAUGGAGAAGAUCUGCCAGUUUUUCCGCAACAAUUAUGUGCUGGCCAACUGUGAGGAUGCCAUCCACAAGAAGGCGUUCUCCCUGAAUCUGUCCCACUACCAAAUGACCGAUGUUCCGGCCAUUAUCGAGAAGUGCGAGACGCUGAUGAAACUAUUCCUUAACCAGAACAAGUUGACAAAGAUUCCAUCCUCCAUUGGCGAGUUGCUGCGUCUGCAAGUCCUCACUCUGGACUACAAUAAACUGGAUGAAUUCCCGCAGUGCAUAUGCCGUUUGGUGCGUCUGAAGUUUCUCAACAUCAGCUGCAAUAACAUAAGUUCACUGCCCCCGGAAAUCGGCUAUCUGACCCUGUUGGAGACCUUCUGGUGCAACAAUACCGGACUCUUGGAGCUGCCCUCCGAGAUUCGCAACUGCGAGAAGCUCGAAACACUUGGAGUGCGUGGUAAUCCCCUGACGAAGCUGCCCGAUGCCAUCGGUGCUCUGACCGCACUCCGUUGGCUGACCGCCGAGGGCUGCGAGCUCACGGAAGUCCCGCUGACAAUGGCACUGCUGGCCAAUCUGGUGCACCUUAAUCUCAAGGGGAAUCGACUGCGACAGCUGCCCAGAAUGCUGAUGGCCAUGCAGAAGCUGCGCUUCCUUUUCCUCAACGAGAACCGCAUUGACGAGCUGCCCACGAGGCCUCAGCUGGAGGAGCUGCGCACCCUGCAGAUGCUCAACUUGUCCAAGAAUCCCAUUAGCCUUCAUCACGACCUGCAGCAAAUGGCAUUGCGCCAGACGAACCUUUAUGUGGAGCUGCCGGAGGAUCCCCUUCAAGCCUGUGAUGGCCUGACCAGCCGAGCCAGCCUCAACACCCAGGAGCAGCAGGAGGAACAGGCCAGAGGGGCUGGUCAGGACAUUGACUCCAACGAAUCCGACUGGGCUAACAGCGUCCGCACCAGCGAACUGGACACCACGGACGAGAGCACGAUGGAGAACGCCAUCGAGGAUCUGAGUCUCAUGCUGCCGGAAAUGUCGCGCUUCGUCACCACCUUUUGAAGGCAUAGACGUGAUCAAGUUGGGGUGUUAUGUAGCACACAUAAAUCUGUGGUUUAUUCUCUACAA